GACACUUGCGCCGGGUGUAUGAUAUAGCCCUUUAUGUCAAAAAUCAUUAAGAUAUUAUUUGAAGAUAUUUAGUAAAUAUAUCAAAACUUUAUUUUUUUGUGGAUGCAUUUGCUAAGGACUUUAAAGGUGAUUUUCUCAAUAUUUAGAUUUUUUGCACCUUCAGAUUACAGAUCUUCCAAUAGUUGUAUCUUAGCCCAGUGGUUCUCAAACUUUUUCUGCAUGCGGCCCCCCCAAAGAAAAUUUAUGACAAAAACUGUUCUAAAAUUAAACAUUUAAAUUAAACAAAAUAUUUUAAGUUAUACAAAGUAGCCUUAUUUUUUUUUAGGUUUAAUUACACAGAAUUGGCACCAUCUCACGGCCCCCCUGGGGGCCCCGGACCCCAGUUUGAGAAACACUGUCUUAGCCAAAUAUUGUCCUAUCCUAACAAACCAUACUUCAAUGGAAAGCUUAUUUAUUAAUUUAUUUAUAUGAUGUUUAUAUCUCAGUUUUAAUGUACCCUUAUGACUGGUUUUGUGGUCAAAUUAAGGUACAAAAGAUGUCACAACACUAAAAAAUUGUGCUGAAUAGCACCAAAAGCUCAUAAUCAUAGAUGAAGCAUAUAUCAACUAUAAAGCACCUACUGUAUGAAGAACCCGGGGGUGAUAUAGCACCAUAUGGUUCUAUAUAGCACAAUAUGGUUCUACAGAGGUACUGCAUAGGUGCUAUAUGGCAUUUAAAAUGGUUCCCCCUGUGAUUACGAGCCAAUGAACCACUUUUAGUGCUAUUUAGCACCAUUUGUUUUUAGAGUAGGGUUGUGCCCUUUCAUAAAAUACACCUUUGUACCUAAAGGGUGCAUAUUAGUAUAAUAAAGGUACAUAUUAGGACCCUUUUAAAGAUUACCAUCUUAGUGACAACUUUUGUACCUUGUCUACAACACUUUUUGUAAAAGUGUGCCGGUAAUGUGUUUUCUAUUGGUUUACUUGUGAUAAGUUGACAUAUAAAAACGAGACUGUUUGACUUAAUUUGUUAAAGUAAUAUAAAGUAAUAUAAAAUAUUUGAAGAGUUUGGUUCCAAAACGCAAUAAAUCCUUUUUGACUAAUUUGGGUAAAAAUGUGUUUUCUAUACCAAGAAAGGGACGAGAUCAAACCACUAUUUUCUGUUACAAACUUUCACAUAGCAUCUUUAGGUUAUAAUAACAUUAAAAAUUCAAAUCCAUAAUUUGAUUUUCAAAGAUUUAUUAUAAAAACUGAUUAUUUUUUCUGCAAAAUGCAAUAAAGCCAUUAUUUUAUUUUCGUUUGUUUGUAGAUCGAAGUACAAAGUUGAUGCGAAAAACUAGGAUUCUGUGUGUAUUCAAAUCGCCGCCAUUGUUGUUUACAGUGCGUGGAAUGGUGCACUGUGAUUGGUUAAGUAGAUUUAUUGCAUUUUGCAAAGAAGGAGUGCUGGCGUUUGUCACGUUUUGGGAAAAAAAAGAGAGAAAAGAUGACUGAAUAACACGGCGGAUAUCGGGUUUCGCGUAAAAUUAAGAAUUUACUUUUUAAUACUGACCUGAUACAAUACUGAUUUUGGUGGUAACGCUUUUUUUUAAAUGGCGUUUAUCGCGUUUGGAACAAAACUCUUCAUAUGUGGAUUUGAUGUCAUUUUUUACACUGUGGCGAACUUUACCAGACUUUGUAAUGGCUUUAAUCACCAUACCAAAGUGUAAAGAACAUUCUGUGAAAACAUAACCUUGAUGUCUUGAUGUCUAAUUAUUCUUUGAAAAGUAUUUAUGGUUAUAUAAUAAAAAUUGCCCAAUAAAAAUAUUGAAUAAUAAAGAAAGAAAACAGAAUAAACCCUGGUUAACGAAGGGUAUAUUGAAAUCCUGUAAAAAGAAGAAUAAGCUUUAUCGGGAUUUUGUAAAAUAUCGAUCAGUAAAAGCAGAAAAAAAUAUAAAGCCUAUAAAAAUAAGCGGACUACUAUAAUGAGACGUGCAAAGAAAGAUCAUUAUACAGUUGAUGGAAAACAAAAGCAAUAUCAAAAGAAUGUGGAAAGUCUUAAGGGAGGUUAUGGGCAGUAAAAUGACUUCUAGUCAGCCAUUAUAUUUAAAGAAUGAACGGAACAUUGAGAUAAGCGGUGAAAAAAUGGCUGAUGAAUUUGGUCCAAAUCUUGCCAAAACUAUACUUUUACAUAAUAAUUAUAAAAUGUACAGUUUGAAAGGUGAAAGCAGAGUCAUGCAAUCAUUUUUCUUGAUGAAGUCAAGAAAUUAUUUCUGCUGUCUCUAGAUUAAAAAGUAAAUAUUCAUGUGAUAGUGAUGGCUUAGAUAUGUAAAUUGUCAAAGAAACUAUACAUUACAUUAUUGGACCUUUAAAAUAUAUAAUUAAUUUGUCUUUUAACACAGGUUUUUUUCCAGAAAAAAAUGAAGGUGGCUAAAAUUAUUCCUAUUUUUAAAUCUGGGGAUAGGCAUAGUCUUAUGAAUUAUAGGCCUAUAUCUUUGUUUUCCCAAUUUUCAAAAAUUCUAGAUAAGCUUUUUGUUAAGAGAUUUGAUCAUUUUCUUAAAAAACAUUCCUUGAUACAUGAUAAUCAGUUUGGGUUUCGAAGCACUGGCUCAACAGCUAUGGCUUUGAUGAAAAUCACAGAGGACAUUAUUACAGAAUUGGAGAAUAAAAAUCAUACAGUUGGUGUUUUUAUUGACCUCAAAAGGGUCUUCGAUACUCUUGAUCAUGAUAUAUUGAUAUCUAAAUUACAGACAUAUGGAAUAAGAGGUGUAGUAUUGAAUUGGAUUGUUAGUUACUUAAACAAUAGACAACAAUAUGUGGAGUAUAUAGGUCAUGAAUCUAAGUUGGAAACAAUACAGUGUGGAGUCCCUCAAGGCUCUGUGCUGGGGCCUAAAUUAUUUACUUUAUAUAUUAAUGAUCUCUUUGAUGAAUCAAAGAUUUUACGUUUUGUUCUUUUUUGGACUAUAUCAAUUUUUUGUAUCGGGGAAGAACUUAUUGGUAUUAAUUUAAAAAGGAUACUGCCCCUGUGACAGCUUUGUACCUUAAUUUCUGAGAGUGCACUGUAAAUAAAAUGCAGCAUGAAGUUAAAACAACUUGGUUUAGCAAGUCAAUUUAAUCUAUUUUAUUAGAAUGUAGGAUCACAUUAAAUACCUGGGUUGCAGAUUUUGUGGUAAAAUAGUCUCGCAAAUGUGGUGCAACCAUUUAGUGAAGUCUCGCCUCACUGCAUCCCUCAACAUUAAAGAGGAAGUUCUGUUUUAUUCCCGGGAUAAUCCCUGCCCGUCUGGGUCUCUCCUGGGAACGUCUAAGAGUUGUCAAAGGAGUUAUUCACCUCUUCACGAGGUUCAUGUAGGAAUCCACAUUGAUGUCCGUCCCCGCCGGCCAUUCUUGCCAGCUGCUGGGGCAUGAAUAGUAGACGGGAUUAGAGCCAACAGCACAGACCGAAAAGAGAAGAGCCAGACGGGCCACUUGUCUACAUUGUCUCUCUGCCAGACUUUCAUCAAAGAUAUACCUGACAUAUGAAGAGAGAUCAGAGCUUGAAAAUGAAUGGAGAUGGAUCAUAUAUUAACCCUUUCUACUCUUAUCAUGUAUUUUUCACAGUAAUGCUAUUUUUGGUGUCCUAGUCAGACAAGUGAACAUGAGGCGUGAGGCGAACACACAAAUGGAUGAAGAGGCAUUUUUUACAUGCUCAAUCUGAACAAGAUGAAACGUCUUAAAAUUAGACCUCUAGUUUAGGGCAUGCUACUAGACCAUUGUUAUGUCUGCAAGAGUUUAUCAGAGCCCGUUGGAUUAGCAUAACCUCAUGAAAAUGAAAGCGGCACCUAACUGGAUUAAAGAAACUUGAAUAAGGAGUUGCCUGCUGUGUAAACAACGGUGAUUCGAGAGAGAUUUCCCAUUGUCUGCUCUAUGCUUGUGCUUUCCUUCCAGCUAAUCCUCGGCUAUUCUCACCGACGACCUUGAGCUCACUGUUAAUCUGGCCGUGAGGAGAGAAAGUGUUUGUCUGUGUUAUGGAGAGUUUUUGGAAGUACAGUGUCUGUCUGAUGGGUGCAGUUGAACUCCAGGUAUGAAUGAGCCUCAUGUGCAGCAGUCAGCUGGGCUCGAUGGGAAUCUGGCUCCUGUGGUUUUGGUGAAACCUGAGACCUUCACAGAUCCUGCACAGGAAGUCCUUCACAGUAAUUCUUGUGUCUGCUCUGUGAUUCCUGCACACGGCGACAACAGUCUGCCUGUAGAUGAGCCGUUUUGUCGUAUCUGUCAUGAGGGCAGCGGUGGGGGCGAUCUGUUAUCUCCCUGCGAUUGUGCUGGGUCUCUGGCGAUGGUUCAUCGUGUUUGUCUGGAGCACUGGCUCAUGGCCUCCGGCACCAACCACUGUGAGCUGUGCCGCUAUCAGUUCGCUCUGGAGAAACGUCCUAAACCACUCAUUGAGUGGCUCACGGCACCUUCCUUGCAGCACCAGAGGAGAACCCUGUGCGGAGAUGCGAUCUGUUUCCUGUUUAUCACGCCCUUAGCCAGUUUAUCUGGCUGGCUUUGUGCGCAGGGAGCCGUGGAUCUGUACUACAGCAACAGCAUUGAAGCUAUUGGACUUAUUGUUCUCACACUGACCUUGUUCACUAUUUAUCUCUUCUGGACUCUUGUGACUUUACGUUACCAUGUUCAUCUUUUCAGGACAUGGAAUACAACAAAUCCCAGCGUCCGACUCCAGAUUCCCCACCCCAGAAAGACCCCCCAGAAAAAAACAUAUGUAACAGUGCACUCAUUGUGCAAAAACAAGAAAGAGACAGUGGUGUAGCUUCAAAAGACAAUGGCUUAAUUGUCAUUAUAUCAGACACACACUCUUUGGAGCAACACCCAAUAUAGUGAGUUGGAAUGACACAGAAUUGGAUCUAAAUCCUGAUUGGGAGCAAUAUUGGGAUUUAAUUGGACACCUUUCUUAUUUCUGUAAUGUUCUGAUCUGGAGAAAUAACUCGAUUUAGAGCGACACGUAAUUCAAGUCCAACAUCAAAUGUAUUUAAGAAUGAUGAUUAAAUGAUGAUGCAACAUUGUUUUAAAGGGGUCAUAUUAUGAUUUUUAAGAUGAACAAUAAAUCUUUGGUGUCCCCAGAAUACAUAUGUGAUGUUUUAGCUCAAAAAACCACAUAGAUCAUUUAUUAUAACAUAUUAAAAUUGACACUUUGUAGUCCUGGGUGUGUCCUUUUAAAUGCAAAUGAGCUGAUGAAAUGCAAUGGUGGUUUGAAACUCAAUUGUGCUGUCAAUUAUUUAUCUUUUUCUUUAUACUAAAUGGCAGUGCCGUGGUCGGAUAAUGCAAAUUAAGGGGUGGUAUUAUAAUGAUUAGAUUCCUCACAUAGGGAGUGAAAUCUGAAUGACCUAAUUUUUCCCAUUUUUGAAGAGAACAAGUUACUGGGUUGUUCUUUUUCAUUUUGUCAUGAUUUUAUUACCAUGUUGAGUGCCUUCAGGUAUACAAAUAGAGUAGGAAGUGUGAAACAAGUAAAUAAACAUUUAUGUUCCGGCUGGUACAAAAACCUGAGAUGUUCUUUCCCCCUGAGAUCUGAAUCAUUCGGAGAGAUUGGUGAUUGUAAUACGAAAUCGCUUUUCUCCUUUAAAACAAUAUCAGAAUGCAAAUGUCUCAGUUUCAGAGGCAAAUAAACUGCAGUCAGUAAAACACUGGCAUCUCUUUAACUAAUAAAUCUUCACCCAAAAAUGUAUUCCUUAUUCAUUCCAAAUCUGUAGACUGUUUUUUUAAGAUGUAAAAUAAAUCUUUGGUGUCCCCAAAGUACCUAUGUAAAGUUUUAACUCAAAAUAAACCACAGAUAAUUUAUAAUGGCAUGUUAAAAGUAACAAUUUGUAGGUGUGAUCAAAAAUGUGCCGUUUUUGGGUGUAUCCUUUAAAAUGCAAAUGAGCUGAUGAAAUGCAAACACUGAUUGCAAUAAUUCAAUUGUUUUCAAGUAUUUUCUCUUUCUCUCUGCACCAAUUGGUAGUGCUGUGGUUGGAUAGUGCAGAUUAAAGGUGCAAUUUGUAAGAUAUUUGCAGUAAAAUGUCCAAAAACCACUAGGCCAGUGUUAUAUAUUUUGUCCAGCUGAUUACUAUCAAUAUCUGUAAUGUUUUCAACUACUUGUAAAUCAUGAGAAAAUUGCCAUUCAAAACAUUGACACGGGGCAGUGCAGUCUCCUGUCAAUGACGUUAAUAUCCAUGUGACCCUUUGUCACCGCCUUUACUGACGUAAACAACAUGACAACAGUGGUCGAGCUCGAAAAAAUAAAAUGGCGGCCAAGGAAGCAGCUGGAGCACAAAUUUAGUGAAAAUAAACGUAUAUUUUCACUUUUUAAGCAUUUUAAUUGCAUUUCUAGCGAGAAAUUAGUAUUGUAGUUUUCAAAUAUGUGAUUAGUUAUCACAAAGGCGCUCUCUGUUUAUAUUUCAAACACGCUGCCUUUGAAGUGCGUCGGAAAGCCUUUCUCUGAGCGGCCUUCAGGCCUCCGAAGCCGAAGUCAUUUCCUCAAGAGGCAGCGAGGCAACAAGUCCUCACUGCCUUGAGUUUUCGGACGCAGCGAGCCAGUCUUGUGGACAAAUGCGGAACUAUGCGAUAGCGCCUGUCGGGCUACGCGCUUGCUUAUGAACUUAUGGAUAUCUCUGUACCGUCUGCCGCUGGUUGUGUCAGCUCCUGUAAGCGUACGGGCCAACCAAACGACCCAAGAAGAGUUUGGAACAAAACGAGGGAGGAUCAAUUUGUUGUUGCAUUAUCUGGAUGGA